AUGGAUAACAGCACGGACUGCAACAAGAGUGACGACUUCAAGUAUAAUCUCUACGCCUCGGUUUUCUCCAUGGUGUUUGUAGUUGGACUUGCCUUCAACGCGGUGGCUGUGUACAUUUUUGGCUGUACGCUGAAGAUACGGAACGAGACCACGACAUAUAUGAUGAACCUCGUGGUUUCGGACUCUCUCUUUGUCCUCAGCCUGCCUUUUCGGAUUGUGUACUUCAUCAGACGUGACUGGCUCUUUGGAAGUGCGCUCUGUAAGAUCUCCGUGGCCCUAUUCUACACCAACAUGUACGGCAGCAUCCUCUUCCUCACCUGCAUCAGUGUCGAUCGUUUUCUGGCAAUUGUGUAUCCAUUUCGGUCCCAAACAAUUCGUACGAGGAAAAAUGCCAAGCUGGCCUGCCUUACAGUUUGGGUGAUCAUUCUCUCUGGAGGUAUAACCACUGGGGCCUUUUUGGACACCACUUCACCGAACAAUACCAACUCGGGUUCGGUAAACUCAACGCCACAUUUUUGCUUUGAAAACUACUCAAAAAAACAAUGGAAGGCUGAGCUUUCGUGGGUGGUGAUGUUUAUUGAGACUGCGGGCUUCCUUAUCCCACUGAUGUUGAAUGUGUUCUGCUCUGUCAUGGUGCUAAGGACAUUGAGGAACCCCAAAACCAUCAGCCGCGGAGGAAACCUCAACAAAACAAAAAUCCUGAGGAUGGUCUUUGUGCAUUUGCUCAUCUUCUGCUUCUGUUUCAUUCCCUACAAUGUGAAUCUCAUCUUCUACACCUUGGUCCGCUCCAAAAUCCUAAAGGGAUGCUUUGCAGAACAUGUUGUAAGAACCAUCUACCCCAUCGCUCUGUGCAUAGCGGUGACCAACUGCUGCUUUGAUCCAGUUGUCUACUACUUCACUUCAGAGGCCAUUCAAAGCUCCAUUAAACGAAAGUCUUCAGCUUGGCAAAAUGGUGCCAGGCUAUUCGAAAGACUACAGAUGGACAGCUCGCAAAGCAGCCCAAGUUCAACGCUCAAGAGUUCGACGCUGAAGAGUCUGAGACCCAAAAUAUUUGACAAUGAGUCCACGGUCUAA